GGGAUCUUCUCCCCCCAACGUCGCCUACGCGCUGCAGUCGCUGCACCAUAUGUUCACAUGUCUGCUCGUGGGAGAAACCCUGCGCGUUGCAGUGCAGAGGCAGCAGCGCUACGAGCAGCAGCAACUGCUGCAGCAGCAGCUGCUCCAGCAGCAGCAGAAGCAGCAGCUUCUGUAG